AUGACGCUGUUCACAAGAAAUAUUUACGGGAACAAUUCAAUUGAAGUAAAUAAAAACCAUUUAGAAGAUAAAAUAAGUAAUGUGAAAAAAUUCUUCAAACGUCAACUAAAUAAUAAAAAUUUUAUUAAUGAUACUAAACUACAACAAGAGAUAAAAGGUUUAAUAAGUUUUAUUCAAAAAGAAUUGGUCAACGUAGCGAAUAAAACUGAGUUACAAAAUUUAAUUUCAUUAAUAUCUAAAUUAGAGGAUAAGAUUGCAAAACAAAAAUUAGACAUUCAACAAUCAAUAGAUAACAUUCCGGAUGAAAAUGAAGAUACGUUUCAACAGGAAUUAAAUGCUCUGGAAACUAAAAUUAAUAGUGAAUUACAAAAAGAACUAUAA